CCGCGGCGUGUGUUGGCGAGAGCGAGAAGGCCGCCGGCGAGCAGCCACAGGAGUUCCUCCUCCCCGCAGAAUGCGGCCGCCGGCAAUGGCGAAUCGCCGCCGCCACUUGAGUCCGCCGGAGACCCCGGGGAGCCGUAAAACUCGAGACGAAGAAAAUUUCACCGCUUUGUUUUUUUUCCCCUUCUUGUCUCACCUUACUCUAUUCCAACCCUUCCUUUAUCACUAAAGUUCUCAACCAAAAAAAAAAACUUCCUUUAUUCCUUUUUUUUCUUCUCUCGCGCUCGAUUCGCUUUUGUUUGUUGGGUGCAACAGCAACAAAAUAAAAGAAGAAAAAAAAAAUCGAUCCGCAAAUGCGUCGGCGUUGCGUGCGAGCUCCGAUCUCCUAAACCUCCUCCAAUUCCCUCAACGAAAUCUCUCUCUCGAUCCGACUCUGCUCUCUAUCCGGCCUCGAUCACCCCCACCAACAUCCUCCUCCGAUUCCCUCGCCUUCUCCUUCUCCUCCUCCAACUUCUCGAUGACUUCCACUAUACUAAGCUAGCUAGCCCCCGCCGAUCCCCGCGGGGUUUUAGUUUAGCUCCGCGCCACCCAAUCGCCGCAGGUGAUCUUUCCCGGUCAAGAACUCGCGAUUCGGGGGCGGAUACGGAGGAAGGAAAUCUGUGGUGGAUUCGGAUCGAGCUCUUCGUUUUCUUGCUCUUUGUAUAAAUUGCGAUCAGGGGCGGCGGAAACAAGGGUUCUUCUCUGUCUCUCUUCAUUAGCGCCGGCGACGAGGUGAGGUGAGGUGGUGGUGGAGGCGAUCGAAAUGGGGUCGGUGCUGUGCUGCUUGGCCGACGACGGCCGCCCCGUCUGCUGCUUCCGCCUCCCAUGGCCGAUCUUCAACGCCGCUCACAACCACAACCACAACUCGGGUUCCAUUGCUCGUCCAAGAGCGGAUACACGAGUUGCGCCUGAUCAAGGAAGAAUUAGUCUCACUGCUCCAUCACAGCAUGAUUCGAUGGAUACUUUCCGCUGCCCGCCAAGGCCCUUGCCUUGGGAUGAUCCUCGAUUCAGCCAUCAUACAGAGCAUCACCCACUAGUAGGAGGACAUGACAAAGCUUCAACAACGUUCCACAAAUCUGGUAGCCUUGGAGAAAGCAAGAAUGCUGAUAGCAUAUCUAAUUCCAAAGCUGUCAAGGAUGAUGGGCCUUCCACAGCUGUGAAGGAUGAUGGAUCAUCAGUAAAACACCAUUCAGAUGGUCUGCACAUUGGCAAAGAGCAAGUACAUGAUCUUUUCGACUUUGAGGACGACUGUCCAAUAUGCCUAGAAGAGUAUGAUUAUGAGAAUCCAAAGAUGACAUUACAAUGCAACCACAAUUUCCAUCUUUGUUGUAUUUAUGAGUGGAUGGAGAGAAGUCAAGCUUGCCCAGUCUGCUCAAAGGUAAUGCUGUUCCAUGAGGAUUCAUGAUCAUAAUGCUGCAACGUUUCUGUGAUGUUGGAGAGUGGAGACUCACGGGGACUGGAUCACCUAGAUUUGUGUACAUAGCUUGACGAAAAUCAAAGUCGCUAGAUUGUUUGCUGAAACUUCCAGCGGCGCAAAGAUUUUUUAUUAUUUUUUUGUUUCUGUAGAGCAUAUAAUUCUUUUCUCAUUUUUCAGAAAAAAUUGGUAGCUUGUGUCAAUCCACAUAUCACAUUUCGAUUGGAUGUUACAGAUGCGCGUUUGAGUGAUUGCAUUUGCUUCUGAUGCUGAAAUACGAAACUUCUGAAAGCCCUAGCA